AUGAGUUUUAAUAUCGGAAAAAAAUUUUCAAAAAAAUUCCUUAAAAAUAUAGAAAAAUCUCAUCGUUUGGUGACUAACGAAGAAGACAUAUACUUUACAUAUUCUUCACCAAAUACAGUUAAAAAUAUGUCUAACAGUAAACCCAACAAUAACACUGUUACCAAUAUCGAUAAAGUAUCUACGGACUGCCCUAUAGAAGAAGUAAUAGCUACCUCUUCAACUCACGACCUUUCUCACAGCGAAAUUGAACUCACAUCACGUGACUCAAUAAAAAAUGAUACUCACAUGCAAACACCAAUCAAUGAUAACUUGACUAAUAUGGAAGAAGAUCCCUCAGAACCUAACCCAGAUAAAGGAAAAUCACCGGAAUCACAAACAGCCACACAAACAAACUUGCCAAAUGCGAUUCCAAUGACCGUGCUAACUGAUAUUUUUACACAAACAUCACAAGCUUCUAACAAAGCACACAAAGGAUUUAUUCCCAGAGAUAGUUUUAAACCUGAACUCUCUAACAAUGAAAUCAUUAACUUACUAAAAACGGCAUUUAUCUGUGACAGUAACGCCUUUAAAUUUGAAUCUAAUACAACUUCCACAUACAAAUAUUUCACUAUAUACUUUAGAACACGUGACUCGCUUAACUACUACAUAGAAAAGAGUCCCGACAACCUUAAACAAGUUAAAAUAUACGAAUUAACCAAUGAAGCUAUCAACACAUUACUGGAUAAAAAAUUCGCUGAUUUGGACUCAGCUGUCAUAAAAAUCAUGGACAUACCUUAUAAUUACGACACAACAAUGCUUAUCAAACACCUCGCUAUUAAAACCGGCAGCAACAUCAUAGACCAAAAAGAGCUCAAAAAGCCGCUGAGAAAAUUACCUAACCGCAACAAUCGCGGACGCCCAAUUUUCAUCAAACCUGCAUACAAACAACUAAUCGUACGCUUCGAUAAACAAUCUGCCUAUGACUAUUUCAUGAAAGAAAACUAUUGGAGCCUAGAAAUAGAAAAUUUCGUAGUAAGAAUUUUACCAGGCAAUCAAAACGAUCCUGAAUUUCAAAAACGUACCAGUAAAUAUUUUAAAAUUACUGGACUACCACUUAACACCACUGCUACGGAUCUUGAUCCACUUAUCAAACACAUUUAUGGACGUACUUGUACGUUUACACAAACUACUCGAUACUCAACCAUGAAAAAUGCCUACAUAUACGUUUCACCAGAGAAUUAUCCUGAUAACGCAACGGGAGGCGCGUCAUCACAAUUUGCUAACCACACCAUCUUCAUCAUCCCAGGGCACAUAUCAGCCAAAACAUGCAACACUUGUGGAUCACCGUUACACAUUUCUCAAAACUGUGACGAUAAGAACUUCAAAACAACAAGUGACAACCGUAAACGUCGUCGGGCUGGUAGUGUGUCUUGCUACGCUCACCCCACCUCGGCCUCGCGGCCUCGCAGUACCUACAUCUCCCCUCCGUGGGGUAGGGAAUCCCCUAUAUCUGUCACCAUCUGUCAUUAA